AUGGCUGACGACAACGGUUUCCAGCCAGCUCACGAGCCACAGCUCACGCCUGUCGGGGAGAAGUCCCUACCCGCAAGAUGUAAGGCGAGCACGCUCACUUACUGCCCCACGAUGGACCUCAUCGCGCUGGUCACUGAGGACGAUGAACUACGCGUCUUCCGCCUAAAUGGACAAAAGGUUCUUGGAGGCUCUUUCAAGGGUGAUCCGUAUCUUGAUGAGGAUGAUGGUGGUGGCGAGAUCCGGGGGCUGCAGUGGAAGAAUACUGGCCAUUUGCUUGCGGUGGCUUGCGCUGACAACACCAUCCGGGUCAUCAGCGCUUACAGUGGUAAAACGGUCCACCAUUACCCUGCUUAUCAGUCCGAGGGUGAAUCACCCCAGCCUGUUAAAGUGACUUGCCUAGGGUGGGGAGUGAAUUUCACUGACAGCAAAGCCGCCCAGCGGCAUUUACACGAGUCUGCUGGUCAAGUCAGCGUCGAUGACUUAUUGUCCCCGGAUAAUCAUCCGUCCAAAGCAGCAGCCCUGCUCAAGGCCGAUCUACCGAGAGAGCUAGCAUUGCUUGACGUCGAGCCUUCACUACCCAAGCUGAGCACACUACCAGCAACAGGAAGCGAUGAUGAUGUGUUCAGCUCUCGAGCCUCGAUCGAUGCUAUAUUUCACUCUAUCUCGAAGAUUACUAGUGACGCGGUGGAUGUGUUGUUAGUAGGGUUUGAUGAUGGGACUGUUCAUCUACGGAUCUUUGACUGCUUCGAGAUUGGCUCUCUCCAGAUUGGAGGUUCAAUUGGGAAUUCUGGUCCUUGCCAGAUCCUCAGACAUGCUUCCCAUCCGCUCAGCUCGACUCACGCAUUAUUGGCGCUGGCGCCGGAGGCCACCUCGAGCCCUUUGCACCUCAUCACCCUUGAUCUUCGCUUCAUCACAAGGUCAGGAAGAUAUCUCUCUCUCCUUGCACACAAGACAACUCAGCUCCAGAACCUGCUACGGUACAUCAGUCAGGUGCAGAAGCAAAUUGAGCUUGAAUGGAAGAAUGCACAGGAAUUACCGGCACGUUACAUGCGUAGUAUAAACGAGGACCUGCAGGAGAAGUGCCACUGUGAUUUUGUUACUGCUGCAUAUCACUUGGUAGUUACCGGGGAUUGCUUCGAGCCAUUGAGGGAGUUCUUGGUGGAUAUUGUUGGCGAAAGAGGACACAAGAGAUGGGAAAAAGCCGUUUCUAGCGGCUACGAAAAUGUCCGACGGUUAACCCACGAAUGCCUUCUUCCCGCCUUGGAAAGAUGUGAAGUAUUGCUAAGCCGGUUGAUUGGACUAUCCAAGUUCUAUAAAUUGAGUGAAGUCCUCGGCUUGGAAACAUCAGAUCUGACAGCAAUCGUGGAGACCCUAGAUUGUCUUCAUCUUCUUUCCCAUCACAUACUGAUCCACGCCAACGAGGAGUUGGCUCAAUUCAAUUCCUUUUCCAGAUGGCUUCGUCACGAGAUAGACAUGCAAAGCGCGGAACCAAUGUCCCAAACCUUGGAGGAGCUGAUGGAGAAGACAGAUAUGGUUGAGUACCCGCAGACCUUGAAAUACAUCAGAGGCGCUCUUACCAAGAGUAAGUUGCGGAAUUUCAUUCAGCAACUGCCCAUGAUGGGAAUGCCAAGGCUACCAUCCACAGCUUCAGAUAAGUGGGCACCGACCGGCUAUGACAGGUCAUUCUAUGACACAUUCAGGAAAUUGCUCGAGCAGAGCGAUGGGUCGGAUGACGCCAAUCCGGUUGAGCUACCCAAGAUGAACGACUUGACGAAGCGUUUGGGAUUGCAGUUCGAGAGAGUCUUUGGUCAGAUUGCGUCAACACAGCGGCGCGGAAUUCUCCACCGAUCGCCUUUGAGUCUCCAUCCUGACUGUGACAAAGAUGUCAUCGAUAUUGUCAUGUGCAACGAGGACACCGACAAGAAAGGGCUAUGUGUGAUCUAUAUUGCUACCAGGUCGAUAAAGAAGAAGCAUCUGCUUUGUUUCUACCGUGUCGAAUUAGACUCCGAAAAUGGAGUCAGUUCCACUCGAAGCACCUCUACCGGGGCACUCGAUCUCCAGGAAGGAGAAAUCCGACAAGUACAGUUCGUUGAGGAUGAUACAAUCGUAGUCCUAUGGUCAAACAAUAAUGGAACUCCUUACCUUCUCAGCCUCCCUUUCCAACCUGCAUCGAGCAUCAGAACAGACGCGACCACCGAGUCCCUGGUGUCUUUCGCUGUUGACUACCAUAGCCUACAGGGGUCUUCAUCAUACGACUUCACGACAUUCGCGGCGGUCGUCGACCUUCUGUCUCCAGAUUCUCUAUCUAGUGGCCUAAUCAAACAUGCCUUCGUUGGCGGCAAAGGGAAAGGAAAGCCAAUAAAGGUCGAUGUCAACGGCAGACGCGGUCGCCGGGCGAUCUGCGUACUCUAUGGUGAUGCUAUGCGGUAUGAGGUGCUAGAUCUGGAUGCGGAACUGGAGGAUGAGGAAGAUGAUGAGGUGGCAGAAAGUAUCGUGGAACUGGAGGAAUAA